AUGAGUGGGGAUCUCCACUCCUGUGCUGGAGGGCCUCCUUGCAGCCUUACGGGGCUGGCUUGUGAUGGGAACAUGACAGGCCUAGCCCAGACAGGGACAAAGGCAAUGGGACAAAUCAACAUGGACACACACACUGUGACUGUGCUUGAGCCACAGAGCAGAAGGACCCCUCAGAGCUCUGAGCUGGUGGGGGUCCUGGCAGGCUUCCUGGAGGAGGUGACGCUUGAACUAAGAGCUGAAGAACAGGCAUCACCCAGGUCAAAGCCAAAAAGCUUUCCCAUCGUGAGGAUGCUGCCGCCAGAGGGUCCCCGGGCCUCCGAAGAGGGCACAGCCGCUGGGCCCCAGCGAGGUGACUGCGUCAUCUGCUACUCAGCCUAUGACCUCACUGGGCACCUACCCCGCCGCCUCUACUGCGGUCACACCUUCUGCCAGGCGUGCGUGCGGCGGCUGGACACGCCAGCCCACGAGCAGCGCUGGAUCCCCUGCCCGCAGUGCCGCCAGAGCACACCCACGCCCCGUGGAGGGGUGGCCAUGCUGGACCUCGACCUGGCUGCCUUCCUGGCCGUCAGGGCCGAGCGGGAGCCGCCUCGCACAGAACCCCAGCCCCCCACGCCCCUCAAAGGCAGCACCGCCAUCACUCAGCAGCCGGCCAGGCUUUGGCCUGCCUUGGGCCCCCAGCCCCACUUCCCCCAGCCCAGAUGCUGCUUCUGGGGCUGCAGCGGCCUCUGCUGGGACCCCCCAGGCAGCCCCGAGGCCUGA